AGAGAGAGAGAGAGAGAGAGAGGAGGAGAAAGGUAAGACAUGCAGCACCUGAACCCGUGUCCCGACCGACACCCUAAACCCAAAAAUUAACAAAAUCUCAACGCUCUCUCGUAUCCCCAUUGCUUACUCCAAUUCAUUUCCUUUCCCACUCUUGCAUCCUUAUCCCUUCACUGAAAUUUCCCUCCCUGGAUUGGAGCCGAGCCGAUUGUGCCCUUUCAUUUCCACUCAGAGAUGGAAGAAAAGCUAGAGGAAGUAGAAGAUGCUAAGAGCAUUUCUAGCGAUUCUUUUAUUGACGACUCAGAAGGUGAUGAACCAUCAACAUCUGGACAAGAAGAAGGAUUACAUUUUGAGGAAUCUUUGACCGAGGAAGAAAUAGAAGAGCUAAUUGCUGAGUUCUUAGAAGUUGAGAGUAAGGCUGCAGAGGCUCAAGAAGCACUUGAAAAGGAGUCUCUUGCCAAAGUGGAGAGUGAAGUUAAAGAGGAGUUGGCACAAACUCUCCAUGGGGACGAGUUGGAAACGGCUGUUGCAAAUGAAAUGACAACUCUCAUAGAGGAGUGGGAGGCCGUGCUUGACGAGCUUGAGACUGAGGGUGCUCAUUUGUUGGAGCAACUUGAUGGAGCUGGUAUUGAGCUACCAAGUUUAUAUAAAUGGAUUGAAAGUCAGGCUCCUAAUGGUUGCUGUACUGAAGCUUGGAAAAAGAGGGUUCACUGGGUAGGAUCUCAGGUAACCGGUGAAUUUAAUGAGUCAAUAGCUGAUAGUGAGAAGUUUCUUCAAAUCCACAGGCCUGUAAGAAGACGACAUGGUAAAUUAUUGGAGGAGGGUGCAAGUGGAUUUCUGCAGAAAAAACUAGCUAAUGAUGGAAGCAAGGAUGGUGUGACAGAAAAUCCAGAGGUUGAUUGGAGCUCUCUCAACAAAAUAUUUUCUGAUGGUGUAUCUGAUCAUGAUACUUCAUUUGGCAGCAAGCAUUGGGCCUCCGUUUACUUGGCAAGUACUCCCCAGCAAGCGGCAGUGAUGGGACUUAACUUUUCUGGAGUCGAUGAGGUGGAGGAGAUUGAUGACAUUGAUGGCAAUUCUAAUGAUCCUUUUGUUGCAGCCGCAAUUGCAAAUGAAAAAGAACUACAUCUUUCUGAAGAACAAAAGACGAAUUUUAGAAAGGUUAAAGAAGAAGAAGAUGCAAAUAUUGAUCGUAAACUGCAAAUUCAUCUGAAACGGAGAAGACAUAGGAAGAGAUGUAAACAGGACAUCAAUGCGAAAGAUGUUUUUCCAGCAUCCUGGGUUGGCAAUUCUAAUCCCAUAUCAAAUGAGAAAACUUGUGAAGAUGGGAAUGGUGUGCCUAAUAAUCAUAAUGACUUUGCAUGCCAGAAUGUGCUGACUGAUGUGGUUGAUCGUUCUGAAGCUUCUAAUGAUGUUGAUGACAAAGUACCAAUAUGUAAUGUGGCUUCCUUAACUUCUGAGUCUGUUUUCCUUGAUUAUACCGAACCCAGAGGUUCCAAGCGUCCAAAUGAGAAUCAGGAGCUAAAAGUUGAUUUCAAGAAGAGUCGGACUGUUAUCAUAGAAAGUGAAGAUGAAACUAAUUCUUUGAAGGAUAAUUCACCUUGCAAUAUGGCUAAUGUGGACCCUCAAAUUGAGUCUAAGGAGAAUAUUUGUGACUCUGGUGUCAAUUCCCUUCCUUUGCAGAGUCCAAAUGAGAAGUUUGACUGUACUGCUUGCAGUAAAAUAGUUGCUGAAGUGCACCAACAUCCGCUUCUGAAAGUAAUUGUUUGCCGGGAUUGCAAAUGCUUAAUGGAAGAAAAGAUGCAGGCGAAGGACCCUGAUUGCACCGAGUGUUAUUGUGGAUGGUGUGGAGGUACAAGUGACUUGGUAAGAUGCAAAUCAUGCAAGACAUUGUUCUGUACCAGUUGUGUAAAGAGGAAUAUUGGUAUGGAUUGCUUGUCUGAGAUUCAGACAUCAGGCUGGAAAUGUUGUUCCUGCCGUCCAAGUCUACUCCACAGAUUAUCAUUGCAGUUAGAGAAAGCCAUGGGAUCUGGAGAUUUUAUAGUUUCUAGCUCUGAUAGUGGUUCUGAUGAUUCUGAUGCAGGUGUGAACAUUGCAUUCAGCACAAAGAGAAGGCAAAAAAAGAAAAUUAGGAGGAUCCUUGAUGAUGCUGAAUUAGGAGAAGAGACAAGAAGAAAAAUCGCAAUUGAAAAGGAACGCCAAGAAAGAUUGAAAUCUUUGCAAGAACAGUUUUCUGCCAAAUCUAAGAUGAUGAGCUCCGCAGGCUGUAAUGGGAAUUUAUCUGAAGGCGCGAGUGUUGAAGUUCUUGGUGAUGCUUCAACAGGUUACAUAGUGAAUGUUGUGAGGGAGAAAGGGGAAGAGGCUGUGAGGAUUCCUCCAAGCAUCUCGGCUAAAUUGAAGGCCCAUCAGGUUUCUGGGAUAAGGUUCAUGUGGGAAAAUAUCAUAGAGUCCAUCAGAAAAGUGAAGUCUGGGGAUAAAGGUCUUGGUUGCAUUCUAGCCCACACCAUGGGCCUUGGUAAAACCUUUCAGGUCAUAGCUUUCUUGUACACUGCUUUGAGAAGUGCUGACCUUGGAUUAAGAACUGCACUCAUUGUUACUCCUGUUAAUGUGCUACAUAAUUGGCGGCAAGAGUUCAUGAAGUGGAGGCCUUCAGAGUUAAAACCUCUACGUGUCUUCAUGCUUGAAGAUGUAUCAAGGGAAAGAAGAGUGGAAUUAUUUGCAAAGUGGAGAGCAAAAGGUGGUGUCUUCUUGAUUGGCUAUACAGCCUUUCGGAACUUAUCCCUUGGAAAGAAUAUGAAGGAUCGGCACAUGGCUAGAGAAAUUUGUUAUGCCUUGCAGGAUGGACCGGAUAUUCUUGUUUGUGAUGAAGCCCAUAUUAUUAAGAAUACUAGGGCUGAUACAACCCAAGCCUUGAAACAAGUGAAAUGCCAGAGAAGAAUUGCAUUAACUGGAUCACCUCUUCAGAACAAUCUCAUGGAAUAUUAUUGUAUGGUUGAUUUUGUAAGAGAGGGUUUUCUUGGAAGCAGCCAUGAGUUUAGGAACCGCUUCCAAAAUCCUAUAGAGAAUGGUCAGCAUACUAAUUCUACUCUUGAUGAUGUGAAAAUUAUGAACCAAAGGUCUCAUAUCCUCUAUGAACAGUUGAAAGGAUUUCUCCAGAGAAUGGACAUGAAUGUGGUGAAGGAGGACCUACCACCUAAAACUGUCUUUGUAAUAGCUGUAAAGCUUUCUCCUAUACAAGUGAAACUAUAUAAGAGAUUCCUUGAUGUGCAUGGAUUCACUAAGGACAAGGUCUCUACUGAAAAAAUCAUAAAGAGAAGUUUUUUUGCCGGGUACCAAGCCUUAGCUCAGAUAUGGAACCAUCCUGGUAUCUUGCAAUUGACAAAAGAAGACAGAGACUAUGUAAGGCGUGAAGCUGCUGUUGACAAUUUCCUUGUGGAUGGCAGUUCUAGUGAUGAAAAUAUAGAUUAUAAUAUGGUUCUUGAAGAGAAGACGAAGAGUGCAAAUGAUUAUCUUCAUGGCAAGAAUGGCGGUGGCUUUUUGCAACAGGAUUGGUGGAAUGGUAUUCUUCAUGAAAAUAAUUUUAAAGAGCUUGAUUAUAGUGGCAAGAUGGUUUUGUUGCUUGAAAUCCUAACCAUGUCUUCUGAUAUGGAGGAUAAGGUAUUGGUCUUUAGCCAGAGCAUUCCAACCUUAGAUCUGAUAGAACUUUAUCUUUCAAGAUUACCCCGAAGUGGCAAAAGUGGGAAGCUUUGGAAGAAAGGAAAAGACUGGUAUAGGCUAGAUGGAAGAACUGAGAGCUCUGAGAGGCAAAAGCUGGUGGAGAGGUUCAAUGAGCCAACAAAUAGGAGGGUGAAGUGCACUUUGAUUUCAACAAGAGCUGGAUCUUUGGGGAUUAAUCUUCAUGCCGCUAACCGCGUUGUUAUAGUUGAUGGCUCUUGGAAUCCGACAUAUGAUCUUCAGGCUAUAUAUCGGGCUUGGAGGUAUGGCCAAAAAAAGCCAGUGUUUGCUUACCGACUGAUGGCCCAUGGAACUAUGGAAGAAAAAAUUUAUAAACGCCAGGUCACAAAGGAGGGCCUGGCUGCGAGGGUAUUAGAUAGACAGCAGGUAGGUAGGACUAUUUCUAAAGAAGAGAUGUUGCAUCUCUUUGAGUUUGGUGAUGAUGAGAACCUGGACACUUUAACUGAUCUGGGCCAAGAGAAUGGUCAUACAAGGAACAACAAUAUGAUCGGCCAAUUUGGAAAAUCUCUUAAGCAGGCAAUGCCUCUUUCUCAUGGAAGCUGCUCUUCAGACAAUAUAAUGGAAAGUUUACUUGGAAAACAUUAUCCAAGAUGGAUUUCCAAUUGCCAUGAACAUGAGACUCUUUUGCAAGAGAAUGAAGAAGAAAAACUAUCAAAAGAAGAGCAAGACAUGGCUUGGGAAGUGUAUCAGAGAACAUUAGAGUGGGAAGAAGUGCAGCGAGUUCCUCUGGAUGAAUCUGCACGUGAGCAAAGGCCAGCUGUGUCAAGCAUGCCCCCUCCUGCAGCAGAGACUGCAACUGUCUUACAAUCUGAGAAGAGGAAUCCCCAUUUGGUACAGCGGAAAUGCACCAACCUUUCGCACCUGCUGACUCUUAGAAGCCAGGGCACAAAGGUUGGUUGCAGUACAGUAUGUGGGGAAUGUGCCCAGGAGAUCAGCUGGGAGGACCUCAAUCGGGACAGCAGACUGGCAAGGUGAAGAACAGUCUUCAUUUUUCUUCCUACGUGGAUUUGAUGUAAUUAGCUAUAAUUAUAGAUGUAGCAGUUAUAAAUUUGAUGUCCUUUUGAACACAACAGUGACGUCCUUUUUGUAGGCAUUGGUCCUGAAUUCCUGCCUGUAUACUAGGAUUUUUUUCCCCUUUUGUUACGGUUUGUUUAUCCAUUGGAAAUGGUUAGGGUAGGCAGAGGGGAAUUGGGGGUGUGAUUGUGCUGGUGGGGAUUUGGACGUUGUAAAUUUGAGCUGUAUUAAUAAUGAAAUCGGUAGUUAUGAAGUGAUGUAGCCCGUUGCAUUGGA